UUGUGCAAGAGACAAAACCCGGGCGCGCUGGAGCUCACACGCGCACGCACGGCAGACGCCCCGGGUCUCCUCCUCUCUGUUCUCUGCGCGGUAGAGAAAGCCGGCCCAGCUUUGCUUUGCUGAGAACGCGGAGCUCAGCCGGCUCCCAGCGCAGCUUAGAACCGAGCCUGGAGGUGAACCCAGCCGGGGGACCACCUUCAAUCUCCGCUGCCUGGCCAGCCUGAGACGUCCCAUUCUAUCCCAUCCCCCCCCCCCGCCCGCGCACAGAACUCUGAUAUCUCCCCACCCCACCCCUAGGGGUUUCACGCGGACAGCGCCCCGGAGCCCUGGGCGUGCCAUCGGGUUUGGAUUCCACAUUUCAGCACUUCGGACAGCGCCCCGGUCGCUCGGACUCCUUGGGCUUUCAGGAUGGCAAGCCUUCAGCAGGGUGAGAAACAGCUGUUCGAGAAGUUCUGGAAAGGGACCUUCAAAGCGGUGGCCACUCCACGUCCCGAGAGCAUCAUCGUUGCCAGUAUCACAGCCCGCAAGCCGCUGCCAAGGACAGAGCCCCAAAGCAAUCUCUUGGUCCCAGCCCAGGGUGGACCUUCAGAAAAGCUGAGCCACCAUCUGGCCACUGAGACCUUUGGAACGAACAGCUGGGAAAGAGAGGAGCCCUGCAGGGAGCUGGGUCCUGCCCAAGCACACAGUGCCUCUCAAGACAGAGACCUGACACCACCACCUUCCUCCAGGGGGAAAAAGAAAAAGAAGAAAUCGACCAGGAAGAAGAGAAGGAGGUCCCCAUCCUACAGUCCAUCGCCAGUCAAGAAGAAGAAGAAGAAAAGCUCCAAGAAGCGUAAGAGACACAGGUCUUUUUCCAAGAAGAGGAGACACAGCUCCUGUAGCCCUAAAAGCAAAAGACGGGAAGAGAAGAAGCACAAAAAACAAUCUCGAAGUCGGAAAUCUCACCGCCAUAGACACCACCGCUGCCCCUCCAGGUCUCAGAGCUCAGAACUGCGCUCCUCCAGCUGUGAGAGCAGGCACCGAGGUCGGUCUCCUGAGGAAGGGCGGAAAUCCCGCCAAACACACUCCCGCCGCUGCUCCAAGAACCACUGCAAGGUCAGCCCAGAGGCCCGGACCAGCCACCUGCCCAGCCAGCCCCUCCAGAGGCUCGGCUUCCUGUCAGCCAGGGGUGUAAUCUCUGGGUCGGGGUCUGCUGCUGACCUCUUUAGCAAAUCAACCAGUCCGCUCACCGCCUCCAGAGGGCGCUCGCAGGAGUACGACUCAGGCAAUGACACAUCCUCGCCGCCCUCCACGCAAACCAGUUCAGCCAGGUCGAGGGGCCAAGAGAAGGGGAGCCCCGGUGGGGGUCUGAGCAAGAGUCGAGACCUCAACUGCGGCAACACUUCGGAUUCAGGGAACUCCUUCACCACCUCCUCCCCCCAGAACAAGGGGGCUGUUUUGGAGAAUGUCUCUCCCACCUGCAGGAGCAGUGAGUCAAGAGGAUUUCAGUCUCCGUGUCUACAGUGUGCUGAGGUGAAGAAGUCUAGUUUGGUUCCAUCCACAGCCCGGAGCUCCCCCAUCAAAGAGUGCUCCCGUAGCUCCUCCUACACCAGCACCCGAUCCUCCAGUCCCUCUUCCCGGUCCCUAAACCACAGAGCCUCCCCCAGGUACACCCGGAGCCGAUCCACCUCCUCUGAAAAAAGGUCCUACUCUCGCUCUCCCAGCUAUUCUUCCAAGUCUGGCAAGAGGAGCCCGCCCAGCAGAAGCUCUAGGUCUCGUCGCAGUCCCAGCUAUUCCCGCUACAGCCCGAGCAGGGACCCCAAGUAUGGUGAGAAGGAAUUGCAGCCCCGAGAACGUGCACGCAGGAGGCGACGGUCCUACUCACCCAUGAGGAAGCGCCGGAGAGACUCCCCAAGCCACCUGGAGGCUCGAAGGAUAACCAGUGCCCGCAAACGUCCCAUCCCUUACUACCGACCCAGUCCCUCCUCGUCCAGCAGCCUCAGCAGCGCCUCCUCCUGGUACAGCAGCAGCAGCAGCCGCUCCGGCAGCCGCAGUUACUCCCGGAGCCGGAGUCCCAGCCGGAGCCGCAGCAGGAGCCAGACCCGGAGCAGGACGCGUACCAGCCGCAGCUCCAGCUCCCGCAGCCUCAGCCUGGGCUCCCGGAGCCGCAGUCGGAGCCGGAGCCUGAGCUACAGCUCAGCAGAAAGCUAUGCCAGCACGAGGCGCUAAGCAAGGGCCCUCCCUCGAGCCAGCUGCCCACCGGGAAGACCCCCUCAGUACUCUGCCAGUCUCCUUUACUACCUGCUCCUCACGCCGGCUCCCUGGUAACAGAGGGCUCCUGGCUCCUGUCUUCUAUGCUUUCCUGGGAAGGUGGAAUGGGAUACAGGGACUCCUACUCCUUUGCCAAGCUGCUAGGAGCCUCUACCAGCGCCAUCCUAAGAGUCUUCCUGGGCUGAAGGAGAGGGCCACCUGUGGAAAGCUAUCACCCUUGAUUCACAAGUUUGGGCCUGGUCAAGACACGUGGCGACAACUCUGUUCCACUCACCGGCUGCUAACAGGAUAUCUACUGGAGCCCGGGGCUAAUCCACCCCCCUUCACCCCCGCCUCGCCCUUCCCCUUCCCCCCCCCGCGAGCCGGCCCUCCUUUUCCCCUCCUUCGAUCUCAUGGCUGCAGAUUUGGACCUCAGUGUUGGGACUAGAGGAGAGCAAGGGUGAAGUUCAAGAUAAGAGCUCAGAGCUUUUUACCUCCCACCGUGGGCAAAGGCUGGGAGCUCCCGGGUGCUGCUGGGAGAAAACAGGUAUCAGCAGGGGAGGUGGUGGAUAUCCGGGAAGAUUGGAGAUGGGCUCUCCUAGUUAUCACAGCAAAGGGUCAGGCCAUUUGCCCUCCUAAUAGGUCAGCCUGGUCAGAGAAGGGACCCCAGCCCGUUUCAGCUUAGUGGAGACCCUUACACAGGGCCUUGUGACCCCACAGGGAUAAGGAGCAGGUGGAACAGUCAUUAUAUAUACCUUGGGCUACAGCCCUACCUCCCAGAUUUGCCUCAUCCCCAGAAGCUGGCACCAACUUGCUUCCACGGGACCAUCUGCUGAGCAUUCCCAGUGCUGUGGCUAGCAGCCAGCCCCCAGCGCCAGCCAGUCUGCCCUUGCCCUCCGCUUGGCGCCUGCCAGGCCCCUCCACGCUGUCCAGACUGCCACACCCUGGCCUCUACCCAGGGCAGGCUGGCACCUGCCGUCUCACGCGAAGACCACUCUCCUUGCCUCUCAGGAAUUUCACCAAGAUGGGACACUGCGUGUAGCUCAGUGCUAUGGGGGAAAGGCCCAAAUACAGAGAGCCUGUGGCGGAGGGACUUGAGUGAUCCCUGGCUUGGUCCCUGCUAGCUUCUGAGUUUACUGUCAGUUUAGGAAAGUCCAGUGGUUGCUGCUGCCCUCAUUCUACCUUCCUCCUCCCCAGGGCUGGGCAGCAAGGGCAAGCUGCCCUCUGACACACAAAUGCCAUCAGCUGCUUGGUCUGCAGGAGACAUUGGGAACAGGCAGGCAAGAGAGAUGGUCCUUAAAAUAAACCCGCGGGCAUCCCCCUCACCAGCUGCCUGGCUUUCCGGAGCCUUGUGGGUGUCAAGUUUGUGGUGACAACAGCUGAAUAGGCAAGGGCACACAGAGAAAGAGGUUCUUUCCCCAGCUUUGGACACCGAAGCGCGAUGGGUGCAAGGACACAUUAGUCAUCCCUCUUGCUCCAAGGAAAAUAUUCGAGGGGGAGAAAAUUCCCAUCUUGAAAGCAGUGAUCUCUCCGUGCCAAUCUUGCCUACCCUAUCAGCCUGGGGGUCCAGGGAGCACCAGGGAAGCUUGUAGUCUGGUAGGCAAGAAGGAUCACCAGUGGCCAUGCUUGCUGGCUUUCCCACCGUGGCUUCCAGCCCAGACCAAAAUUCCUCCCACCAAGACCCAAGGAUGCCUAUGCUGAAACCACAAAAGUCCGGAUGGCAGGUGCCUGGCACAGGAGUAGGUGCCUCAGGAGGGCAUGUACAGCAACUGUAAAUAACCCUUAUCCAUACCCAGGUUGCCAACCCCCGACUCAUCUCCCAGGCUUCCAGGAGCCACCAAACCUCCUCAGCAGGACAGAUUGUGAAAGCAGGAGAGCCUCCCUUGAAGACACAGACUAUCUUCAUGCAAACCACUCUAGGGGACCAUGUUUUUUUUGCCUGGGGCUCCUAGCAAACUUUUUAUUUAUUCAAUUUAUUUAUUAUUUUUAUUUAUUAUUUAUGUGAUGAGCUCUUAUUCCUCAUGGUUAACAGUAUUUAUUUAUUUAUUCAGAGAGAUUGUGUAUCAGCCUAUGUGAUCAUGUGUGUAUUUGGUGGGAUGGUCUUCUAAAUUAUUUGUGCUUUUUUUUUUCUUUUAAUCCUGUUGCUAUGGCUGCAGUUGGAGAGGCCAGAGGCGCCUUGGUCGUUUCCAUGAAUGCUCUGAGCCCUGUACACUCUGGAAUUGACCCAAAAGUAUAUGAGUCCCAAGGUUCAUUAUUCAGCUUGAUGCCAGUGAGGGUCAGACCUGUGCACACGCUGCACCACGACUGUAACAGAAAGAUAGAGUCAGCCACAGAGUCCGUGAGCCUAAAUCCAAGACAGGAGCCUAACGUUAGCACGUAGCUACACAAAUGUAAAAGAGUCAUGAAGGACUCUAGGACUAACUGCUUAGCAUCAGAGUGCCAUGUCUUUCUUGGCCAGCGCUCAGAGACACCACUGGCACGCAUGAUAGAGCAGUUACCUCGGGGUUGGGGAACCCUGUGGGUAAGAAGGUUUUGAUACUAUCAUGGCUCUUGGAGACAAGGUGUCAGCUUAAUGAGGCUUGACUGAUGCUCACAGGCGGAGAGAAAGGCGGGACUAACCCAGGGAAGACACCGUGCUCUUCUUGACAACAGCAGAAGGCACCAACUCCUUCCCCUGAGCAAAACUGAUUGGAUUCCCGCACGUCACGCCCACCUGCACCUCCUCCAGGUGUCUAAUUCCUCUCCCCUCCAGAUUUUAAGGUUGGAAAGCUUGCCUGUUUCGUCUGCAGUAGACAAACACUGGGCAGGGGCCAUCCUAGGAGAGACCCACACACCCAAAGCAAAUGUCCUUUGCUGUGAUAUUUAGCUGUUCCUUUCAGGGUAGACAGUAAAAUACAGAUGGAGGGGACAGUCAGAUGUCCCCCACAAAAGGUCAUUUCUAAGCUCCUUCUGGGAUUUAGGAUCUGGAGACCUUUAUCAGUCCUGACUUACUAACCAGCUGGCGGUGACUUCUGGCUGCUGGCUACAGAGAGCUUUUGCCCUUUCUGAAGUCAUUCUCCAUGGACUUUCAAGGCCAGCCUGCCUGGUCCAGUUGUGGAUUUAGUAAAACUUUCGCCAUAUCCCUGGAUCUUCCCUCCACCAUGGCUGUCAUAUUCUAACCCAAGCAAAGUGUUAUCUUUCCUUGGAAACAGUUUCAGAAGGUGUUUAGAUACCUCUGAGGCUAAGGUGCACUCUCCUCCUCCUCUCCUUCCUCCUCCUCCUCCAUCUCUCCCUCUCAUUCCCUUUCUCUUCUAUUGUAGUUCUGGCCAAACAAACAUAGAACUCUCUCCAGGACAGAUAACCAUGGCUAACUAGAACCAUUAAACCCUGGUGUAUCUGUCCAUUUUACCCUCAUUACUUUCCCCUUCUAAGGAAUAACACCACUUGAAAGUGGUCCAUAGCCAUGCUUGCACAAUGAUUAGUGCACUGUGUUGUGAAGGCCGUUCAUGUGACGGUGAGGAUUUAGUUCAACCACCAACAUCCACAAUGGGUGAGAGUGUAGACUGAGGUUAAGCAGCAUGUUGCCGAAGUCCCUUGACCUUUUUGCUGUGAGCAUGUCUACAUGAAUGAAAUGGGAUUAAGGGCCAGGAUUUCCACUUAGUAAGGUGGGGUUGUUGACAAAUAAUACUGAACAUUGGCUUGAGGCCCGAGAGAGUCAACAAACACAAUGAGUUUAACCGAGGAGAAGAGAGGGGGGUUUGAAGUACUACAAGGAUUUUCCCAUUCUUAGGAAUAAAUUUAAAAAUAGCACCUGAAGUCCUACUGGGUAGUUAGAAAGUAAACUACUCCAAGUCACCAGCAAGGACCACUCAAGUCCACCAAAGAUGGAGUGCAUUCCAGGCUCUGUUUGAAACCGCCUUGGAAGGAGACUCAGCUUUUCAGGAGCAGAAUAAAACGGAAAUGUUGAGAAGGAAUUUGGGUCUCAGUGUCAGAGAGCCCCCAUCCUUACAUUUCUCAGCCCUAUUCUUUUUCCCAAAGAGGUUUGCUUUAAAAAGUACGAGUUUGGGGUGCUACCAAAGGUUGAAAAAAAAGCAGUGAGUUAAUGUCUUUCUCAAGGUCAACUUCCAACUUUUUUUCUGCCAAAUUUUUUCAUUUUUUGUGAUGCUGGGGGUCCAUGUGCACAUUAAGCAAGUGUUGUAGCCAAUGAGCCACACCCUCAGCCCUGUGCUAGAUUCCCCCCACUCAUCUCUUCUAUGUGUGUUCCAAACAAACAAACAAACAAAACAUUUUCCUCUUUGGUUUCCCUUCUGCUGAGUAGAAAAUUUGAUUUGAUAUUAAAAUGACACACACCCUCCUCCUCCACUAGCCAACCCACCAGAGACACUUGGGUCAGACACAGCGUCAUUGACAACACUGUCAAGAAUUCUAUUCCUUCUCUGUUCUGCACUGAUGAGCCAAUGGCACUGACACCAUGGUCACCAUCCCUCUGCAACUUUUUUGUUUAUUUGUUUGUGUAUUUGUUUUCUUUUUAAAUUUUGUUCAUCUGUUUUGAUUUUGUGAGUUGAUUUUUUAUUUAAUUCUUUUCUUUUUGGUGGUGAUCAUUUCGCAUUGUAAAUACCAUGAUGUGAGCCUGUCCUCGGAACAUGGCUUAUUUAAUAAUUUAUAAUUUAUUAUUAUUUCCUAUUUAUUGAGUGGUAUUGGAAAGCAGCCCUCCCCCUGGAUUGUUACUGGAAAGCAUCCAUCUCUCGGUUCUGGGUGCUGCUGUCUGUAGUGGGGAAUUAUCACCCAGGUAAUGAAUGCUAGAGUCACCAGACGAAUUGGAACCGGCAGAAACAGAGGUUCUCAUCAUACAAAUUAAGUCCAAAUGGAGCUAAAACACUGGUUAUCUCCGGAAAACCUCAUUUAGAUGGAAAUUAAUUGAGGAACUCAAAUGCCUGUACACGAACCAACUUCUAUUAAAAAGUCACAGCUAAAAAAAUACAGAGAGAGAAUCGUUUUUCUCCAUCCACGUGAAAUUAUGUCUCAUUUAUUAUUAGCAGGCUGAAUCAAAGAGAAAGCAAUGGUGGUGUGCCUUUGUGGUUUUCUUGCCUUUGGAGAUAAAAGUAGUGGGUCUUGGGCCUCAGUCUCAUCAGCUUAGGGCUUGGUCAAUGUGUUUUGGAGAGGCCAUGGGGAGAGAGCUCUACUCUAGUGCCAUGGACUCCAUCCUGGUGGAUAUUGUGGCUGAAUCUUUCGCUGGAAGGAUGACAACCAAGGACUGAAGAAAAGUGGUGUAGGGAUUGCAUCAAUGUGCAGAGUUGGAAUAGCUGAGAUGGGAGACACAUCAAUAUGUCCUAAGUACAACUUAAACUCUGCAAGUCCUGGAGUCAUGAUGGGGAAAACAAGCAUCUUUUCCCUGUCCUGAACCUGUCUGUUGUCCUUUGUCAGGCCAUAUCUUCUACAAUUAUUCUGAUCAGCUGGUGACAAAGGUCCUAUGGCUACUUUUCAGAUAAAACUGUGCCCGUGGAAGGGAACUGUUACUCCCAACUCCUGGGACUGGCAUCUGCCUGACUCUGUGUCUCUUGUCCCUUAUGAGACUCCUCUCUAGGGAGUGUAAGCUGUGAGGAUUCUGCACUAUCUUUUCUCCUGAGGCUAAGAGGCUAAGCUAUUUCCUCAAGUGGCCGUUGGUCAAGGACCUAACUGAUUCUGCUGCACUGGCACAGGGGAGUUGGAGCAUCUCAAGGCUAUUUCUCUACACUGGGGCUAGGACUUCCAUUUGAAAAAUCUCAAGGCAGAGGAUCUCCAAGUGACCCAGCUCAGCCCAACCAUCUAAUAUCUGUCCAGGGUGUAUGCAUUGGAGAGGGAGAAACUUCUGUGUCAUCCAGAAUCCCAAGAGUCUGUCCUUUGCCCAGGGUUACAAGUGGCCAUAGCCUACCCAGAGUUACCAGGUUUUCAGCCUGUAGGACUCACACCUCUAUUCUAAUUAAAGGUCCAUGGUAUGGUG